AUGAAGGUGGCGCUGGCUCUGGCCGUUCUGGCCUCGGCGGGCCUCCUUAUCAGCUGCGCCCCGGACGACGGAAACGGCUCGGGGGAUACUUUAAAAGAGUUGUCCGAGGCCGGCGAGAAGGUGGUGGACGAGGAAGUCAAGCGCGCCCUGUACGGCGUCGGCCAGAUGCAGGAGGUGAUGUGGCGGAACCAGCGCAAGCACGAGCACCUCAUGCGGUCUCUGGUACACAGCGGAGACAAGAAAAAGGGCGCGGCGCAACUGACUCAGGACGUGACGGAGAAGCUGCGGGAGGCCGAGGAGGAGUGCAGGGUCUCCUUGCAGUCGGAGUGGGACGAGUGCAGACCCUGUUUGGAGGACGCCUGUAAAACCUUCUUCACCAACACCUGCCGCAGAGGCUUUGCUGCCUUCCAGAACAAAGUUGAGAACUUCUUCCGCCGCGUAUCGAGACGCUUCAGCUCCAGCGAGCCGCUCGCGGAAGCGGACGACGUGCUGGUAAACCGGGACCCGGACAUCCCCGACCCGGAAGUGGCCCGCAUCCAGGACGCCUUCGCUCGCCUGAGCCGCAAGGUGGGAACGCUGGUGAACAGCAGCGCGGCCCUGGCCUCCAGGAUGAGGGACGGCUUGGACCGAGCCGUCCGCGGGGCCCUCCUGAGCGGUCCGCCGGUGCCGGGGGCCACCCUGGACCCGGCGGACCCGGCCCGCGACUCGGGCUUCCUGCAAGGCGUGGGGCUGGAGGAGGUGCUGGACUCCUUCUUCGACUUUGGCCGCAGCGUGGUGGAGGAGUUUGGGGCGGUGGUGACGCAGGCGUUUGUGGGCCUCAACGAAGCGCAAGCGCGGGACAGGAAGGGAGAGAAAAGGUUCCCACGCCUCCUGCGUAGCAGGAAGUUGUGCCGAGAUCUGCGCAAGCAGUCAUCCGAGUGCUGGCAGCUGCAGAGCCAGUGCGAGGCCUGCCAGGGGGCCCUGCUGACCGAGUGUCCCGGCGUCAGGGAGCUGCACGUGGAGCUGGAUCAGGUCUCGCAGCUGCUGGGCAUGUCCCGGGAGCAGUACGACGAGGUGCUGUCCAUCGUGCGGCGCCACGCCGACCAGACGCUGAGCUGGCUGGGCAACAUGGCGGCGGAGUUCGCUUGGGUGGCGCGGGCGGGCGCGCAAAACGUCUUCCGCGUCACCAGGGUGGUGCCAAAGAGUGAAGACCAGAAUCUUUCAGCUGCGGACACCCAAGUGGAGGUGAACGUCCUCAACUCACCCCCUUUCGUCUUCUCCGUGCCGGGAGAGCUGGAACUGCGGGACCCGGCCUUCAUCCGCUACGUUGCCCAGGAGGCCCUGGAGAAGUACAAAGAGAUGAUCAGGUACAACGAAGAUGAGGAGUGAACUGCCAAUCGCAGAGCCAGGAUUCAAACACUUCACCUGUUGACAGAUAGUCAUACACAACAUGCAGUUUC